CUGUGUGACGUCUCGUUUCAGAGCAGGAAUGUGGAUCAUCAAUCUCCCCAGAUCCACGACCGACUUUGUCGUGCUCAAUUCGUUACUGUACUCAAUCCAUUUGUCCAAGAGUAAAAGAACCUGGAGACAAGGCGGCGUAAAUGAUGUAACCACAAUUCUAGCAAUCGUCAUCGUUUCAAUCUUGAUAGACAGUGAAAGACCUGGAAAUGAAGCCGCUGUGUAGAAUGGUCAUUGUGUGCGGCUUAUAUUUCCCAUCGCGAGACUUGAGGAGCUCUCAGUAGUGACUGGGAGAGGUAUAUUCAUUUGUGUGAU